AUGGCACAACCAGACAAGAAUCGAUUUGGCAGGAUGUUGAGAUCGUCGGCAUCUGGCACGGCAUUCCUAAUCAUGAUCCAGCUAACCUCGAGGAUUGUUACCUUCAUUGCGAAUCAACUAAUUCUGCGCAAGUUAUCUCCAGCCAUUGUCGGAAUUGCGGCUCAACUGGAACUUUAUCUGGCUACAAUACUGUAUUUCUCAAGGGAGAGCACUCGGAUAGCAAUCCAAAGGCAACCUUCAGGGACCGUGGUCGACAAAGCAGAGCAUUCUGGCAAUCGCGAAGUAGGGACUGGGGAUUCUACAGCAUCCCAGUCGGUGGUGAACAUUUCUUACUUGAGCCUCGCCAUGGGAAUUCCCAUGACAAUAGCGCUUGCCAUGUUCUAUGUGCAUUUUGCCUCAGAAAAGGUUUCUGAAACACCAUACUAUCACACCAGCGUGGCAAUUACUGGUGUCGCAUCACUUCUAGAACUUGGGGUUGAACCUUUCUUUGCUGUGGUGCAACAACACAUGUUAUACGAAAAGCGUGCUCUUGUUGAAAUGCCCGCAGCAUUUGUGAAAAGUGUGGUUGUUUGCAGCACCUUUAUAUGGGCCUCCAAAACCAGCUUCAAUGUUGGUAUCUUUCCAUUUGCAUUAGGGCAUCUAUGCCAUUCUCUCGUUCUCAUUGGUGGCUAUGCUGUCACCAUGCCUAGCACAGCGAGGAAAGGGGGAUUCUCGUUCCUUCCCAUGUGUAUAAAAUCCAGGUAUCGGUCCAGGUAUCUGGCUGGCAGAUUCUCUUAUCGGUUGAUCUCACUGUCUGCAAACGUCUUUGUGCAAUCAGCAGUCAAGCAUAUUCUUACUCAAGGUGACUCGAUGAUACUUGCAGCCAUGUCGAGCUUAGAGGAUCAGGGGGUAUAUUCUCUUGCCUCGAACUAUGGCGGCCUUGUUGCUCGCAUAAUCUUUCAACCAAUCGAAGAGAGCAGUCGAACACUCUUUGCAUCGCUUCUCAAUCCUGGGGAAGUUAGUGCACCUGAUCCUAGCGGUCUUAAUGUCGCAAAGAACCAUUUGGUAGGCAUAUUGCGCGCAUAUGGGCUCCUAUCAAUCAUUGUUUUCCCGUUGGCCCCGUCUUUAGUGCCUCGCGUUCUCCACCUGUUGGGUGGGCACCGAUGGACCUCGAUACAAGUUGAUCGUUUGCUUAUGAUGUAUUGCUACUAUAUACCAUUUUUAGCAUUUAAUGGUAUCACAGAAGCAUUUGUGUCAUCUACAGCUAGUCCUUUGGAGUUGCGGAAGCAAACAGGUUGGAUGGGGGCAUUUUCAGCAUCGUUCAUAUUGGCAGCUUACAUUUUUCUGAAAAUCUGCAAUAUGGGAGCUCAAGGAUUGGUAUGGGCUAACAUCGUGAACAUGGCAGUCCGCACGGUGUGGAGCUAUGUUUUCAUAGAUUCAUAUUUGCGUCGGCAUCAGAAUAGGCUUGCCUUGGCCGAAUUUAGCCCGCGCCUUUGCACCCAAAUUGCAGGAAUUCUAGCGACAUCUAUUAUGGUUUCUAACUCAGAGAUUCCUAACGACAAUUUCCACGAUAUCAUCAGGGCAAUUGCGUUAAAUACUGCCUAUGUCAUUAUUGUGUGA